GGGUGACGCUCAUCGGUGGCUUCCUUGGGGUCCGGAACGCUAGAGAAGGAGUCUUGCAGCCGGGUGUGAACGGGACCGGGAAGUGCUGGAGCUCAAGAUCCCGGGGUGUAUGGGGCACGCCUACCCCGACCGAGCUCUGGUGGCUGCCGCCCUCAGCCUUCCUGGAGAGCCUGCUGGGAUGGACGAAAUAGAAAAGUUUCAAAAAGGAGAAGGCAAGGAUGAAGAAAAGUACAUUGAUGUGGUGAUUAAUAAGAACAUGAAGCUGGGACAGAAAGUGUUAAUUCCUGUAAAACAGUUUCCUAAGUUCAACUUUGUGGGGAAACUUUUGGGUCCACGUGGCAAUUCUCUGAAGCGUUUACAAGAAGAAACCUUGACAAAAAUGUCCAUCCUUGGAAAAGGUUCCAUGAGAGACAAGGCUAAGGAAGAAGAAUUGAGAAAAAGUGGAGAAGCUAAGUACUUCCAUCUCAACGACGAUCUCCAUGUCCUCAUCGAAGUGUUCGCCCCACCUGCAGAAGCUUAUGCCCGCAUGGGACAUGCUUUGGAAGAAAUCAAGAAGUUUCUCAUCCCUGACUAUAAUGAUGAGAUCAGGCAAGCACAGCUGCAGGAAUUAACAUAUUUGAAUGGUGGAUCAGAAAAUGCAGAUGUUCCAGUAGUUCGAGGGAAGCCCACCUUGCGUACAAGAGGUGUGCCAACCCCCGCAAUAACCAGGGGAAGAGGAACAGUUACAGCCCGGCCAGUUGGAGUUGGAGUUCCUCGAGGGACACCGACAACCAGGGGAGUCCUUUCUACUCGAGGACCAGUGAGCCGGGGAAGAGGCCUUCUCACACCCAGGGCAAGAGGAGUCCCCCCUACUGGGUACAGACCUCCACCACCACCCCCAGCACAGGAAGCCUAUGGAGAAUAUGACUAUGAUGAUGGAUAUGGCACUGCUUAUGACGAACAGAGUUACGAUUCCUACGAUAACAGCUACAGCACCCCAGCCCAGAGUGGCACCGAUUACUAUGAUUAUGGGCACGGGCUCAGCGAGGAGACCUACGAUUCCUACGGACAAGAGGAGUGGACUAACUCCAGACACAAGGCACCUUCGGCGAGGACAGCGAAGGGCGUCUACAGGGACCAGCCAUAUGGCAGAUACUGAUUGUACUGUCUGAUGUUGUGAAAUAGCCAAUCUCCACCGUCCUGUAUACUGUUCAAAGUAAUUUUUUCUAUGAACAAUCCCUUUUUAAAUAAAUCAAAAUGUUUAAAAUCUGAAUGGAUGGUACUUAAAAACUACUCUGUCGAAACAUCAACCUGGUCAGGAAAAAAAAAAGACAUGUAAAAUUUUGUUAUUUCCAGUCUGUAUAUGAAAAAAUAGGUCAUCAAAAGGAAAAAAAAAUAACUUUGAUUAACUAGUGUUAAACAAAAAAAAUAGGUUUACUAAAUAUGUUAAUCCAUUCUUUUAACAUAAGCCUCACUUUCAUUUUAAAGGUUUCCAUAGAAUUUAGUUAUUUUAUCUUUCAGCCAUAUGCUAGUUUUUUUUCUCUUGCCAACAUGCGUAAAAAGGGAAGCCAAUUACAAGUGCAAAUAAUGUGGUAUUCUUUUGUAACUCAAGUCUUGAAAUGUUCUGUAGUGUUAAGCAAAGUCUCCUCUUGCUUGAUACUAAAUAAACUUUUGAAAGAAAUUUCGUGUGUGUGAGCUAACAGUUUCAUGUUUUUCUUAUUUAAAAAGGCCUUCAUAAAUAGUGGUAAACAGGGAAAGAAUUCCUUUAACAAUGCUUGUCAUAAAAGGGUCACACUAAAUAUUGUACAACUUAUUUUUAAAAUGGUAUAAAAUUAAAUGUACCACUAUAUACUCACCAUAGAUUUAAAUGCUGUUUAGAGUCCAAGUGGUAUCAAGCUGCGUGAGUGACACGUUAAAACUACCAGAACCAAAUCUUGUUUAAAAACUGGUUUUAAAAUAACUACUGGGUUUUCUGGAAAAGAUGUGAUCAGUUUUCAUCUUGUUGAGCGUUUUUUCACUAGUGCAACUUUGGAUUUUUUAUGAGACUUUUGGUACCUUAAUGAACACCUCGCUCCAUGCUGGAAGCAAUAAGCACAAAGCUUUUAAAGACAUUCUGGCUUGACUAAUUGAGGUCGCACUCGCCAAGGCUGAGGAUGUGUAACCCUUAAACGGUCUUCAUUUUCAAAGGAAAUGUCUGGGAUGGCAGAGAAUCUGGUUGUGCCUUGGAGUGAAGCCAGGACAACAUUCCUUCACUGUGAGCUCUGUGUGACAGUCACUGGGAAUGGAGUACAGACGUUGUAAGAUGUGGAACCCUGCAUUCAGUUCACUCGGGAGCUCAUGGAAGAGAUCGGCAGAUAGACCCGUUUCCUCUUGCACAGAAACAUCUCCAUUCUUCAGGAGUUGGCCUGAUGCUCUGUCUUCUGUGAGGUCUGUGUGAGUUAGACCAGUCCAGGAUCCCCAACUCUCUCUGAAGAACAAGUGUAGUUUCUGUUUCUUCAGUUUAGUAGUGGUGAUAUGUAACAUAUUGGAUGCAAGUUGUUAUAAUAAUCAAGCAUGUGGUCAUCACUUUCUAUAAAUUUUGUAACGGAAUUCUCCAACUAUAAGAUGUCAUCUACAUUUUACAGAGGAAGAAACAAGCUUUAUAAAGUGAGGUCAUUUAUUUAGCCCAUAACUUGUCACUGAUGGAACCAAGAUUUGAACCCAUCUCCGUUGAUCCAUAGUCCUGUACCUUUGUCAUAUCAUUACUCUGUCAUUUCUCUGUGCUGUACCAGCUCCCACUGUACUGAAGACUUCACAAGAGAAUUCUUAUAUUCCCAGCAGUAACUCAUGCUGUGAAUUAGCCAAACAUUGUGAUUGAUGCUGCCCUCUCUCUGUCUCUACCUCCUCCCUGCCCCAGGUUCCUUAGAGAAAGAUUCUUCGGUUUUAUUUAGAUUCUGAAUCUUCCAAGACAUUUCAAGUCAGAUCAGUCAGUAUUCACUCAGAUAUAUUUCCAGAGCAUCUGCUCUGCUGGAGACAGUAGGAGUACAGCAACUGAAGACAUAGUUCGUGUACCAAAGAUGCCUCGGUCUGCCCUGGAAAAUGUUAGAGGAAAGCAUCAGUAGGGCUGUUAUAGGUACAUCAAUCGGGGUCUGCUUUGUAGGUUCAUGGAAGAGGGAUAUAGAACCUAGGCAGGGUGGCAGAGGUAUUGAGCCAGUGGAAAGAAGAUAACCACGUAGGGAAGGUACUUGUGGAGCAUUCUUAUUCGAGCUCUGCCAUUUAUCAGCUUUUUAACCUUGAGUCAGUGCUUGGACCUCUCUAAACUGCAGUUUCCUUACCCAUAACAUGGGCACACCAAUGGCACACCUACCUCAGUGCCACUGUGAGGAUUAGCAGCAUGCCUGACGCAAGUAGCCAUGUUUGCUCUUAUUUAUUGCCACGUGUAAGAACUUGAAAGAGAGAAUCAUCUAGGAAACUUCAAGGAUAUCAAGUAAUUAUAGAAAGGAAGAGAGGAUACUGGUUGGUAGGUAAGCCACGACUAAUGAGGGUAUAAUAUGUCCUGCUAAAAGUUGAAAAAACAUGCAACCAUUCUUAAAGAUAAUAUUCUCUUCACCUUUGACCUUACCCUUCUCUAUUCAGCUAAGCAGAGACAAUAGCCUUUUAGACCAUUGCACACGCCUCCAUUUGUGCUGGUCAGUGAUCAUAAACCCAGACAGUGAAUGCCGUAAGAAAUGCCUGAACUUCGUCCUCAAGUUUCCCCCGCCACACACUGAUGACAAGUGUCAUCUUAAUGGUCAGUGUGGUUCCACCUGGUAACCUCAGUCUAGCCAGGGUCAUCUCUCCCAAUGAAGCCACAUGAUCCUGUCAACAGUGUUGCAGUUCCUAUAGUCUAGCUCCCUCAUUUUAAUUCAGAAUUAAUCAGAGAUACCAGCCACUGUGUACAGAAAUGGUUUACAGAAAACGAAUGGUUUAAAAAAAUUAAAAAGUCAGAAGUUAAAUCACAAUAUAAGGAAUUUCAUAGAAUAUAAGUGAUAAAUAAUAAAGCUUAUUUUUAUGCAAAUAAUACCCACUCUCUACUCUCCAUGUCCGUGGUGUUGAACCUUUUAGAGACCAGCUGCAACCCAAAGCCCACUUAUUGCAAAGUGCCAACACUGCAAUUAAACCUGAAUAUUGAGGUUGUGGUUUAGAAAAUCCAACUGUUCUUCAAAGCUCAGCUGCUGGGGUCACUUGGCUCACAUUUUAACAGAGAGGGCUCUACAUGCCCACUGUGGCACAUGGGCCGUGGGUUCACCACCACUGAUCUACAUACUGUACAUGCUUGGUGUUUCACAGGGAUAGAAGGGGAAAAGCCCUUCAUUAUAUUUAAGUAAUCUAUUUUUUGCUUGAUCCAAUUUCCAUCUUUAAGUGCGAAAGGCUGUGGUGUGGAUCAAUCUCUGAUCUGAAUUUUACCCUCCCGUAUCUACUACAAAAUCCUAUCAGUUGUAUUCAACUCUGUCUAAGAUUCCUAUUUUAAGAAUUUUAGUGGUUUCUUUGGCUGUUUAGCACCCAUUCCUGAAAUUAUUUCUCGGAUCUCCUGUAGUGAGUCAUUUGGCAGUACCCACCCAGUAGCUUUCAGUGUGAAACCCGUGUGCUCUGAGCAUAGGCCCUGCCUGACCUUACUGCCCACCUCCCCGGUGCCUCCAGCCUACCCUGCUGCAUUGUAGACCCCUUGUACACUUUGACGGCUGCGCCUAUGUGUGCCUGCAGUCAUAUUCCUUACUGUGCCUGCCAGGCUUCUGCUCUGUGUGGUUGCUUGGUCCCUCCAGGCUGCAGAGUGGAACUUCAAGCAUACCCCUCAUGCAGGAGAUCUCCCUUGGCCCUUUGUCCUCCAGUACACUGAGUCUCUGCUCCAGUACUUCAUAGCACUCUGAAUUCGGCUACCAGUGUCCGUGGUGGGCUGUUUCCUUUCCUGUCCCCUCACCAGGACUCUGUCGUUUGACCAGUGAGUGGGCAGUGAACAGCAACUGACUGUGGGAGUGGAAGGAAUAAAGUGGCUUAGUGUCUCAGUGCAGAGAAAUAGACUAGGAUUUGUUCGGUCUCACUGGAUUGACUUGAUCUUCGAUUAGAAGAAAACUUACCAGGUUAAUAACUGCUAUCCUGUGUAUGUGUGUGUGUUCACAUACAUGUGACAUUCAGCCAUGGCUGCAGAUGGAAUGCAUGCAUCUGCCACCUCACACAGUGCCUAGAAUCCUGUAGACCCUCAGAACAAGGAGCAGAGUAAAGAGCAGGUCCCGGUAUAAAGUGUGCAGGCGGGGUUACACUGGAGGGCAACUUCUGCUCUGCUUGUGGAUAUGUUUCCCUCUCUUCUGACUGCAAGAUUUUAAAGAAGGAG